AUGGGUAAAAAGACUGUCACCUUUGCGGACGACAAAACUUCCGAAAAUGUCGAGAAAUCUUAUGAGCAGGCAAAGAGAACUACCGCUACCGAAAAGCGCAUAACGGAUCCGAUAAAAAAUGUUGAGGAUAAAUGGCAGCUCUUGCCAGCCUUCCUGAAAGUUAAGGGUCUGGUGAAGCAACAUAUUGAUUCCUUUAAUUACUUUAUCGAAACCGAAUUAAAGAAAAUAAUUCGAGCAAACGAUAUGAUUACUUCCGACGUUGAUCCCUCCUUUUGGCUAAAAUAUCUCGACAUUAAAGUUGGCCCUCCUGAACGACCCGAUAACGAUCAUGAAGCGCAUCAAAGCGUGUUUACUCCUCACGAGUGUCGUCUACGCGAUUUAACGUAUUCCGGAAAUAUUUAUGUGGAUGUGGAAUACGUUCGCGGUAAAACGAGGGUUAUUCGCAAAGAUACAAUCAUCGGAAAGUUGCCCAUCAUGCUUCGAAGUUCAAAAUGCGUAUUAUCGGGUAAAUCGGAAUCAGAGCUGGCAAAAAUGUUUGAGUGUCCCUUAGAUCCAGGUGGUUAUUUUAUAAUCAAGGGAACGGAAAAGGUCAUACUUAUUCAGGAGCAACUCUCAAAGAAUCGAAUUAUUGUCGAAGGCGACAAAAAAGGUCUCGUUCAAGCUUACGUGACAAGUUCGACCCACGAAAGGAAGAGUAAGACGUAUAUAGUCGCAAAGAAUGACGCGAAGAAUGAUAAAAUAAUGUUGAAGCAUAACUCAAUUUCAGAGGAAAUUCCAAUCGUCAUAGUGAUGAAGGCCAUGGGGAUACAAUCUGACAAAGAGAUAGCGCAGUUAAUUUCCGGGGGAAAUCAGACAUUCUUAAAUAUGUUCUCACCGAAUAUUGAACAUGCAGCAAAAAUUAAGAUAUUCACCCAAAAGCAAGCCUUGGACUAUAUAGGAAGUAAAGUCAAGGUAACGCGAAAAAUAGCAAAUGUUCGUAGACCCAUGGCUGAAGAAGCAUUAGAGAUUCUUGCGACCGUUGUGCUUGCUCAUGUUCCCGUGGUAGAUUUAAAUUUUCAACCAAAGGUUAUUUACAUCGCUAUCAUGAUUCGACGCGUUUUAAUGGCCUUGGCAAACGAGAAUCUGGUGGACGAUCGUGAUUAUGUCGGAAACAAACGAUUAGAGCUUGCCGGUUCGCUACUAUCUCUUUUGUUCGAAGAUUUGUUUAAGAAAUUUAAUUUUGAUCUCAAACUGAAUAUCGACAAAUUGUUGAAGAAACCUAAUCGAGCAUCAGAGUUUGAUGCACAUAAGCAAUUAAUGCAACACGGCGAUUGCAUCACAAACGGUUUUGUUCGUGCAAUUGCUACUGGCAACUGGUCAUUAAAACGAUUUAAAAUGGAGAGAGCUGGGAUUACCCACGUUCUCAGCAGGUUGAGUUAUAUAUCAGCGUUGGGAACCAUGACCAGGAUAACCUCGCAGUAUGAGAAAACAAGAAAAAUCAGUGGUCCCCGAGCUCUCCAACCGUCACAAUGGGGUAUGUUAUGUCCCGCUGACACCCCUGAAGGGGAAGCUUGUGGGUUGGUCAAAAAUCUCGCUCUUAUGACACAUAUAACAACCGACGAUGAAGAAGAACCCCUUAGGAGGCUCGCAUUUAAUCUAGGUGUCGAAGAUGUCAGUAGUCUGACAGGCAGUGAGCUCUAUCAACCAAAUUCUUACAUGGUCUUCCUGAAUGGCCUUAUGCUUGGUAUUACGCAACAACCCACGGGAUUUGUCAAGGACUUUCGGAGCUUACGCCGUUGCGGCCGAAUAUCUGAAUUUGUCAGCAUCUAUGUUAAUCAUCAUCACAUGGCCGUUCAUAUUGCCUCUGAUGGUGGACGUGUUUGUCGUCCCCUGAUAAUAGUAGAGUCCCAAAUACCAAAAGUGACAUCUGAGCACAUUAAGAAAUUAAAACAAGAUCAAAUGAAAUUUACCGAUUUUUUAGCGCAAGGCCUCGUCGAGUAUUUGGAUGUAAAUGAGGAAAAUGAUUCGAAUAUUGCUAUAUAUGAACGCGAAAUUGUUCCCCAAACCACUCACCUCGAAAUUGAACCUUUUACGAUUUUGGGUGCAGUGGCAGGACUGAUCCCAUACCCACAUCACAAUCAAAGUCCUAGAAACACGUAUCAAUGUGCUAUGGGUAAACAAGCCAUCGGCGCUAUCGCGUAUAAUCAACUUCGAAGAAUUGAUACCCUGCUAUAUCUCAUGGUUUAUCCCCAGCAACCGAUGGUCAAGACGAAAACCAUCGAAUUAGUUGGAUAUGAUAGGCUUCCGGCAGGGCAAAACGCCAUUGUUGCGGUUAUGAGCUAUUCCGGGUACGAUAUUGAGGAUGCUUUAGUCCUCAAUAAGGCAUCGGUUGAUCGUGGAUUUGGUCGUUGCCAAGUAAUGAGGAAACACGUUGCUUUAAUGAAAAGAUAUUCAAACGGUUCUUUUGAUAGGAUAGGAGAUCCUCCCGUGGCUACAGAAUUACAGACAGGUCCUUCAGCUGAAAGAUUCAGUAUAUUAGAAAAGGAUGGAAUUGCUGGAGUCGGAGAAAGAGUGAGUCCUGGGCAAGUUAUUGUCAACAGGCAUACGCCAACAAAUCUUAACGCGAACAUUCCUAUCAAUAUGCCUAUCGCAAACGCUCCAACGAUUCAAUUCACAUGGAAACAUGCGCCCUUAUCUUAUAAAUCACCCGAACCUGGUUAUAUAGACAAGGUUUGUAUAACUACUACAGAGCAAGAGCAGACUCUUAUAAAGGUUCUAAUAAGACAAACACGCAUACCCGAACUGGGCGACAAAUUUUCGUCGCGCCAUGGCCAAAAAGGUGUGUGUGGUAUCAUUGUACCGCAAGAAGACAUGCCUUUUGCGGAUACCGGAAUUUGCCCUGAUAUUAUAAUGAACCCUCAUGGUUUUCCAUCACGUAUGACGGUUGGUAAAAUGAUAGAAUUGUUGGCCGGUAAGGCUGGUGUAUUAAAAGGAGAAUUGCAAUACGGGACCGCGUUUGGUGGUAGCAAAGUGGAAGAUAUGAGUAAAAUAUUAAUCGAGUGUGGGUACAACUAUUCUGGAAAGGAUUAUGUGACUUCAGGGAUAACUGGUGAACCUUUAUCAGCGUACAUUUUCUUUGGUCCAGUGUAUUAUCAGAAAUUAAAACAUAUGGUCGUGGACAAGAUGCAUGCUCGUGCCCGUGGACCACGUGCCGUUCUAACUCGUCAACCCACUGAAGGUCGAUCGAGAGACGGUGGUCUUAGAUUGGGUGAAAUGGAACGUGAUUGUCUUGUUGGUUAUGGUGCUAGCAUGUUGCUCAUGGAACGCUUAAUGAUUUCUUCGGAUCAAUUUGACGUUCACGUUUGCGAAAAAUGCGGACUAUUGGGUUAUCGAGGAUGGUGUCAGCAUUGUAAAUCGAGUAAAUUUAUGGUGACGAUGCAAAUGCCGUAUGCUGCGAAACUACUUUUUCAAGAACUUCAAAGCAUGAACAUUGUCCCCAAACUAAUUUUGGAAGAGUUUUAG